AUGAAAGAAAUGAUUAAGAGUAUCUUUUAUAUAUAAAUAAUGAAAAGUUUAAAAUGUCUUAGUGAAGAUGAUGCCUCUAUCAAAGCAAAAUCUGAAAUCUUACAGGCUCCAGCAAAAAAGGAACUUAGACCUCGUAAUAACCUUAUUCCAGGGAUGUUUAAUGAAUAAAAAAGAGCAUAUAUUAAAGUGCCAUAAGAAGCUAAGGAAUAACUUUUCUAACUUGUAUUUAAGAAAGGGUUUAAAAUAAAAGAAGUAUGAUACUUGGGUAAACUAUAAAUUAGGCUGCACAGAAACUUUUUAUUAAAUAUGCAACAGCUAAGACAAUCAUAUUCCAUAUGCGCAAAAUUAACCAAAAAUAAAAGAAUAAAAGAUGUAAGUUUUGUAGAUAUGUCCCAUUGAAGGGGAACAUCUCCUUUAAAUUAAGAAUCAUUUCAAUUAUAUAAAAAAACUUAAUUUCUUCCGUUGAAUAUAUUGUAGAAAAUAAGUCAUUACAUUUAACCGAUCAACCAUAACACAAAUGA